AUGUUUGUGCCGUAUAUCCGUGUCCAAAAUCCCCUUCCUCUCCUAUUCAUCCCGGCUCCGUUCCAAAACAAAGCCGAGUUUUCGAACGGAGCUGGAUCCCGUUCCUCCCCGACCACAGCUCAUGCAAAUCUGUCGGCGGCGGUCCAGAAAUAUUUAUUUUCCAAUCGAGGCGCCGGGCCAUCUUCUUUUCAACUUCUUCGCCGUUCAAUGGCUCAUCGCGUCGGGGCCUUUCCGCGACGUUUCCGCUCCGUCCAGAAGUCGGUCUCCAAGAAUCCGCCUCCAUUUUCUUUUCUGAAAUUGGGAAGCGCCCUCCGUGACUAG